AUGUUGGGAUGUAAAUCAAAAGAUACAGAUAUAAUAACAAUACUACUAUCAUUAUUCACAACCCUCCUAUCUACCCAUACAACAAUCCCAUCCCCAUCACCUACACCAUCACCGCCAGAUGAUGACGAUGGCAAAUGUGAAUUAAUAGGGACUUUUUCAUUAAUAACACAAGCAUUCUUAGGUCUAUUAUGUCUUUCUUCAUUGAUUGUUAAACGAUUUUAUGAAUAUCCUAUCCGUCGUACUUGGCAAGUUUGGUCAUUUGAUGUUUCAAAACAAUUAAUUGGGGCAUUUGGGGUACAUAUGUUUAAUGUGAUACUUUCAGUUGUGAAAACAGCCCCUGAUGAGGAUGACGGUAGCGGUGCUACUAGGAAGUUGUUUGUCAGACUUGUGAGUAAUGGUGGUAACGUAGGAGGAGGAGAUGAUGAUAGUACUCAAGAUCCUUGUGAUUGGUAUUUCUUGAGUAUAGUAUUUGAUUGUACUAUUGGGGUUUAUAUAUUAUAUCUUGUAUUCAAAGCUUUUAACAAGAUAUUAAGAAAGCAUUUCCAUAUUACUCAGAUUGAAUCAGGAGAAUAUGGACCUGAUCCAAAUAAACCAUCAUUUAAAGCAUUUUUUAAACAAUUGGGAGUAUAUUUCAUUUCAUUAAUGAUUACUAAAGUUAUUUUAUAUGGAAUUGUUGAAUGUUUUGAACAAGAAUUACUUUGGAUAACAAGUCAUGUAUUAUUAGUUUGGUUAGAUCAAUAUCCGGAAGAAAUUGAAAUAUUUAUGGUUAUGUUUGUAGUACCAAUUGUAAUGAAUUGUUUACAAUUGGUAUUAAUUGAUAAUUUCAUUAGAAACCAAUUAUGGUCAAAUACAAAUAAAAGAAUAAAAAUUGAACAUCCUAAUUUUCAAGAUGAUACUGAAAGUGUUUUAAGAAGAGAAAUUGAAGAAAUCUUACAUGAUGAACAAGAUCAUGUAAGGAAAUUUUAUGGAGAAUUGGAAAAUGGUAAUAUUUCCUUGAUUACUGAUACUACUACCAGUAAUGCUAAUUCAACAACAUCGUCACGAAAGAAUUAUGGAUCAGUAUCCAAUUAA